UCAGCACCACGUGAACGUGUACGUGCACGAGCAAGCACUUCCCCCAGUAGCACGCGCAGCGGCAGCAGCCUCCUGGGACUGUAUAAAAGCCCUCAGUCACAUUUCAGGGAGCACGGAAGAAGCUCAACCUCUCAGGUGUCUGUCUGUCCAACAACCAUGAAGGCCGUAGCUCUGAUCCUCGCUCUGGCAGUCAUCACUGGCUGCAAUGCCCGUGCAGUGCGCCAGGCAGAUGCCACCGUAAACCGCUGGGAGGAAUCUGUGGAUCGUUUCUGGCAGUAUGUCUCUGAGCUGAACCAACAAGCCGAUGGAGUUGUGCAGACCCUUAAGACCUCUCAGCUCACCAGAGAGCUAGACACUCUGAUUACUGACACCAUGGCAGAGCUGACAGCAUACAAAGAGGAAAUUCAGACCAAGGUCGGCCCUUAUGCUGAGACCUCCACUGGCCAGCUGUCCGAGGACCUGCAGCUUCUGGCCACCAAACUGCAGAAGGACAUGGUGGAUGCCAAGGAGCGCAGCACUGAGUAUCUGGGUGAGCUCAAGACCAUGAUGGAGCAGAACUCUGAUGAUGUCCGCAACCGCAUCAGCACCUACACCCACAAGCUGAAGAAACGCCUGAACAAGGACACCGAGGAGAUCCGCAACACUGUGGCCACCUACCUGGGUGAGCUCCAGUCCCGCACCUCCCAGAAUCUGGAUGCUGUGAAGGACCAUGUUGAGCCCUACGUCCAGCAGGCCAGUGACACAGCCACCAAGAAGCUGGGUGACAUCUCUACCAUUCUGAGGAGCCAGGCUGAGGGUCUGGGCCAGCAGCUGGAGACCCAGGCUGAGGGCCUCAAGACCCAACUGGAGUCCACUGCCCAGGACCUGCGCACCUCCCUGGAAGGCAAGAUCGACGAGCUGACCGAGCUGUUGUCCCCCUACGCCACACAGAUCCGUGAGCAGGUUGAGGGCAUCAUUGAAAAGGUCAAGGAGACCGCCUCCGCCUAAAGACUUUUUUAAGGGUUUUAGAUGGUUGGUGGUUCACUGUUUGUCAUAGAAGGAGAGAGGUGUAAACCGCUGAUUUCUUAAUACCCUGGAAAAGAGGGGGGAAGUGGGGGUUGAGAGUUACUGACAAUAUCUUCAUAUGGGUGGUCUAGUGUUCAGUUUAAGGGAGCUGGUGGGAGGAAGGAGGCAGGGUGAGGUGCAUCUUUUACAGAACAGUCAGCAGAUAAAAUUCUGUUUGAGUUCUCUCUUCUGCAUAGUCACCCUUUCUUCUUCUCUUAUCGUCUCCCUUGAUUACUGAAGACAAAAGCCGCAGCCAAUAACAGCCUUUAACACACAAACAACAAAGACAAUUAUUUGUAAUAUGCUUCUCUUUUAUACUUUUUAAUUAACUGCAUCUGCUGUCUACACCC